AUGCUGAAACUCUCGACUCCAAUUGUUAUACCAACAUGGCUUUCUACCACAAAACCGGUUACGAGAAAGUUUUUCCAGAGUUUGAAGACGCGAUCAAGUCUGUGCCCAAGGGAGGGCCGCAGUCAAAAGGAUAAAAAGUCGAAAAUUGCUCUAGAGGAAGCCCACAAAUCGAAAUUGAGUAAGAAAGCUGCCAGGCCGAAGAGACGAGACGCCAAGAUCAUAUAUUCCUUCAAGGGCAGCUGGGUGGGUCUGGCCGAAGAGGCCAUGGUGCGUGGUUUUGAUCCCGCUGUAACGAUGAGUGACAUGAUCUUUGGCAAUCCCGGGACUGACGUCCUCGAUGUGGGCUCGGACCCCAAAAAAAACCCCCCAAGAGUUGCUGAACUCCUAACUCAACACGGCAUGACUUCGACAGGCAUAGUCACCGGGUAA